AUGACCUCGAUUUCAGAUGUCGAAGGGAUAGGAAGUCCAAUUCCUAUGACUUCGAUUCCAGAUACAACAGGGAUAAGAAGUCCAAUUCCCAUGACCUCGAUUCCAGAUAUACCAGACACAAGAAAUACAGCUCCAACAACAUCGAUUCCAGAUGUAACCGAGAUCCGAGAUGCAGCUCCCAUCGAACACAACGACACCAAUACUUUGAACGAGAAAAGUCAAGCAGAAGGCAAUACCAAUCAAUUUGAAGGUCUCUGCCUCACUCAGCGAUUGAGAUUGAUCGAGCAGAGAGGUGUCCAGCUUGAAGCCUCGCAUGAUAGUAGGGUGUCUAUUACUUCAUGUUCGUUACCUCCAUUACCCUCAGAAAACUUCCCCAUCACUUUUCCCCUUACAGUUUCCAAUCUAGUUCCCACUACAUUUCCCACUACAGUGGAUACUACAGUGAACACUGCAGUGAACACUGAAGUUCCCAUUGAAGUUCUCACUACAGAUCCCACUACAGUUCCUACUACAGUGAACACUGAUGUUCCAAUUACAGUGGAUACUACAAUUCCCCUUACAGUAGAAACUACAGUGGACACUACAGUAGACGAAUCCAACCUUUCACCGUCCGACGACAAGCAACCUUUUCUUUCCAUUACAGUGGAAACUACUACAGUAGAAACUACAGUGGACACUACAGUAGACGAACUCAACCUUCCAGCAACCGACGACGAGCAACCAUCUUUCCCCUACACAAUAUAUGACUUUACCAAAUCCGGCUUAGUGGUAUCCGAAAUCAGUGGGAUCAAUGUAAGGGAGCAAUAUCAUCAAAUCAUGGAGAUCGUCGGCCAAGCUUGUGGCAUAUGCCCAAAGUGUACGAGUGACAAUCGUGCUCAGUAUUUGAUUGAUACGAUCAUUGAAAUGCGAUUCCCGGACUUGGAUAGCGCCCUCUUUCGGGAUGGGAUUCUGAGUGAAUUUGGAUUCGACGACUACUGGAAUGAGCUCAUAGUAGCCAAGCCCGAGGUCAGGAAAGGGUAUGUGAAGUAUGAAAAUUGGUACGCAAAGGUAUGGGAAGAUAUUGAAGCGAAUAACGAACUGCCAGCUAUUUCAAAGGCUAUCGAAAAAGAGUUUGCUCAAUCUCGAGAUUUUAGACGGAUCUUGGCAGGUAAACAAUACCCGAAAUGUAAAUGGAGAAAGAGGGGAUUACUUCUUUUCGUGAUGAGAAUGCGGAGAAUUCGAGGAAAGCUAGAGGAACGCCCCCAGACGCAAGAAAAACAAGAAACGCAGACGAUAGAAACCAGUGCAAACAAGAACCGCAAGACUAGAGACAAGGAGAAGAGGAGGAAAGUCAGGGACCGAGAAGAUAAGGUCGCGGCCAAAUUGCUGUAUGAUACAUUUGAAGAGUUAAAAAGGGUGACGGCUGAAACAAAUGCAUGUAAUUAUAUAACGGCGCGCCGAGAGAACAAGCCUUUUGCAAAAAUUUGCCCUGCUGAAGUUGUUUAUUCGGUGUGGGAAGAGGAAUUAGUAUUCCUACUAUUUAUCAACAUUCAGAAAUUUGUUUUAUUGGUGAAGUUGAACUAG